CCGAAUACUUGACAUCAGAACAAGAGUGUGGUGCUCUGCAUACUGCAGGGUGUUGCUGAGUGGCUCUGAACACUCAUUCUCACAAUCACUAACGCAAACAAAAUCACAUAUAUUAACAUUCAACUUACAAGACAUCAUCGACGCAAGCUACAACCAUUUUCGUAAUGGCUGACCAGGAAAAUCAGAUUGAAAACCAAAAUGAACAAAGUGAGAAUGACGGGCCAGUCGUCGAUUUCGACUUCGCGGGUGAGCCAGAUGCAGGCGGUGAUAUGCCGAUUGUAAAUGGCCCCGAUAUAGAAACUAACCAUAAUCCAGGCCCUUCCGGGGAUAAUUGUGAACUGGAUGAGGACGAGGAAGACGAAGAUUAAUCUUCGUUAACGGUCAUCAAGUCAUCCAAGGGGUUUUCCUACAAAAUCUACAGGACUUGGCCUUCCGGAAUGUGAAUUCGUAGCGAGAACCACCACCUGUAUCACACCCCGUUGGACAACACCCUGCAGUAUAUUAUAAAUUUUAAGUAAAGUAAUGUCAAACCAAAAACCAACAAAAUUCGGGUAAAUCAUAAUGAAGUACAGUGGAUCGGAAAAACACUAGCGUCAAAGUAUUAAAGUAACAAUUGUGGCAAUAUUUAGGUUUCGUUUGAUGAAUAAUAACACCUACCUUAUUAUAUCCUAUAUCGUAAUAUACAUAAUAUCCAGUUGUAUUACCAGCUCUUAUAAUUUUCGAAACCUUUACAAGUGUUCAUAAAUUUUUACUUUCUAUUUUUGUGUUUGGAAUUAUUUCAUUGGGGGUACAAACUGGGGUACGUACUUCUAUGGGGUAUUUACUUAUUAAUAUUUUAAUCCGGUUAGAAUAAGUAAUAAUUCCAUUAGCUUAAUAACGAAGAACAAUUUAAAAUCGAAGGAAUGUACAACUAUAUUUCAGUUUAAUGAUAAAUCUGCUUUUUUAAUAUUUUUUAGAAAUACGUACUCCACUCACCCAACACAUUUCGCAUGCAACUACAACGCUUUCUCUCCUUCGAAAGCUGGAACACACACACACACGCCAAAUCAAUUCUAGGAUACCACGAAAUUACAAUAGAUCCAUCGCCGUUGGAUGUCAUUUGCACUAGACGACGCGCUGCGUUAUUGCUUGUUGGCUGAUAAGUCCGCGCUAGUCUUAUAGGCUUGGAAGGGGAGCGAGAAAGGGGGGGGGAACAGUGGGUGUGGCACGAACUUACGAGAGGCAGGGCGGGGAACUCGGGAGAUGUGAGGUGUCGCAGCUAUCCGAAGCGCUCAGGCCUCAGGUAGGAGAGAAGAGAGGAGAGCGCUGCUGCUGUGCCUGAGGUGAAAAAUCUCGUAAGUGAAAUUUAGUGUUUAGUAUUUUACGCACUUUUCUCAAUGAUUUUCAGAAACCUAGAGUAACGUACGAGUGUUUCUAGUGAUCCAGGUUUAAGACCCAGGUCGACCAAUAAAUCUUUAAUUAUAUUCUAAUUAUCAUUGUAAUAGUUUUGUAUUCUUGCUGUCAAUUUGCCAAAGUUACUGCCAAAAAUCAUAUUUAUAAUAAGUCAUAACAAUAAUAGUAACAAUAACAACUUCCGAAUUAAGCUUUCUUGACCGCAUUGUGACUAUCUUCACUCUGACAAAAAAUUCAUAUUAUUUACGUCAUAUUUACCGAACCAGGAAGAAUUAUUCAUGGAAACUAACAAUAAUUUGCGGUUUAAACUAUUAUUUCAUUUAAUUCUUUUUAUUUUUAGUACAAUUGGUAAUUCAGAAAUUUAUUAUUCGAUAGUAGC